AUGAAUUCAUAACAAUCGAGAGAAUCUUUAAAUUAUUGCGAGUAAUAAUAGCAACAAUUUAAUAUAUUUUGGGCAUGGCAAUAUGAAGUUCAAUUCUCAAAUUUAUGUAUAUUGCUUCGGAAAGCAAAUUAAGAAUGUUAUUAAAAUGCAAAGAAUUAUGUAAAUGAAUUAGCAAUUAAUAUAUUGGUUCAUAAUCCUGAUAUAUAGAUGAGUUUUAAAGCCCAAGAUGAAUGAAUUUAAAUUACUGUUAAAGCCAAAGAAAGUUUAGAGAAAGGCUAAAAGCAUGUAGGAUCAUUCUUAAGUAAAAGUAGAGACAAAGAUUACAAAACUUGUAAAUAAAACAUUACAUCUUCCAAAAAGUAGAAUGAGAAGAUUACAUGAAGGUAUGAUGUAAUAGAUGGAUGAAAUAAGAAUGAAUCGGAAUGCAUAGAAAUUGAAC